AUGUCUUUGGAAGUAAAUGCGGCUUCCAAAGUAAAGUUGGCGGGCUGUUCCACAGUCAGAUGUAUGGUGAGUAUGGUCGGACUAAUGUGUUGUUUCAACAUUUCCUGUCUGUUUGUGUUGUUUCGUGCUGUAAUUUGGCCGGCGAUCCUUUCGCAAACGGAAUUUGGAACCGUUGCCUAUAUGGGGAGUUUACUGAGUUACCGUUAACCAUAAGUCGCUUCAAAAUACCACCAAAGUAAUCAUCGGGUUGUCUUUUACUGGUCCAAUAUUCAAGGUAAUUGUAAAUACGAGUCUUGCAAUUUCUAACUGGUGGAUAUAAUCUCAGCUUUUUGUGUAGAUAUUGUUGUUGUAUGUUCAAAAUAAACGUUGGCCUCAUCAGUUGAGUUGAAGACGUGUUUUGGUUAUAGGUGGCAAAGAAUACAUGCACAUCAGCACCUCUUAAUGGAAAGAUGGGUACCAUCUGCUGUUGUUCGGGCGAUUUGUGUAACGCAAACCAGCCCAAGUCUACUGGUGACAAGAUGGUAUCUCUUCUAAAUGGAGUAAUCGCUGGGAAAAACGGUGGAUAA